AAAUCAGGCCAAUCAGAAAGCGGAACAGAGCUGGCGGAAUCGCCGGAACGGUUCCGAAGCUUUUAAAACCAGACACCAGUGUGUUCGAAACGGCGUAAGCGAGUGCUUUCCAGUCCAGUUCUAUUGUCACCAAAAAAAGAGAAAAGAAAAAAAGCGCUGCAGUGGUGAUUGAGAAGCAGGCUGCGGACAAGCGCGGGAUUCAUGUUGAUUUGACCCUACAUGUCACCAUGUCAGCUUCAUCAGAGGGCAUGGCCGGCACGUCAGAAAGCAAACCUUCACCCUUCAAACUUCUCAAAUCUGAAGGUAAAAGGCUUCUCAAGGAUGGAGAUUUCCAAGGAGCUCUCGUGGCCUUUGAGAAGGCCUGCAAAGUCUGUCCAGACGACAGGCUUGCUGCGAAAAUACUUAAAAUAAAGGAGUACCUGGAGACAAACGACGACCAAGAGGAAGAGGCCAAUGGCAUGGUUGAAAUUGGCAAUGAAUUCUAUGUCUACGAGGGCAUCGAGAAGAAACUCUAUGCAUACCAGAGGGAGGGCCUGCUAUGGAUGUGGGGGCUGUAUCUCAAGAAGCGAGGAGGUGUCUUGGGUGACGACAUGGGCCUCGGUAAGACGGUCCAAGUUAUUGCGUUUCUCUCCGGCAUGUUUGACGCUGACCUGAUCAAGUCAGUGCUGCUUAUCAUGCCCGUGUCUCUCAUUCCGAAUUGGAAGAAGGAGUUUCAAGCGUGGGCUCCGGGCAUCCGUGUGUUUGACUACCACAGCAGCACCAAGAAGGAGAAAGAGCGAAGUCUCGCACGAGUCCAAAACAGAGGUGGCGUGUUGUUAACAAGCUAUGGCAUGGUUCAGACGAGCGCGGAGAUCUUGUCUGCUCAGGGAGGCCGCAAGUUUGUAUGGUGCUACCUUAUCCUUGAUGAGGGCCACAAGAUCAAGAACCCUACCAAGACCACCAAGGCUGUCUACGAGCUGCCAGCCAAGCACAGGCUAGUGCUUACGGGAACAGCCAUCCAGAACAACCUACGAGAGCUCUGGGCUUUGUACAACUUCGCUCACCAGGGCACUCUUCUGGGGUCUCUCGCCACGUUCAAGUCGCAGUACGAGACGCACAUUAAUCGCUCCCGGGAAAAGGACGCCACGGCGGGAGAGCGGCUGCUGGGCAUAGAGAUUUCGAAGAACCUCAUGGAGAAGAUCAGCCCAUUCUUUCUGAGAAGGACAAAAGCAGAAGUUUUAGAAAACAAAGAGAACACAGAGCAAGAGACUGAUUCCCUAAGGCCAAAGUUGUGUUUCACUGCAAAGAAGAAUGAUCUGGUGGUCUGGGUCUACUUGUCAGAAGUGCAAAAAAAAAUCUACCGGGAGUUUCUGGAGUCUGAGGAAGUGGCUAACAUCCUGAUGACGAAGAAGUCUCCCCUUGUGCAGCUGACAAUUCUUAAAAAAAUUUGCGACCACCCGAGACUUCUGUCAAAGCGGGCCUGUGUUCAAAUGGGGAUGUAUGAUGAUAUGACACAAGAUCAGAUAGAAGAGUUUCUUGACAAAGAGGAGGGCAAUUCAAUGACAAUCAGUGAUGUCCCUGAUGACACACUGCUCGCUGAAUCCGGGAAGAUGACCUUUGUCUUGGAGCUUCUUCUGAAUCUCAAAUCCGAAGGCCAUCGCACUCUUUUCUUCUCCCAGUCCAGAAAGAUUCUGGACAUCAUCCAAAGGAUACUCCUCAACCGCGGCUUCAGGGUCACCCGCCUCGAUGGCACGAUCACAAAACUCUGUGAGCGUGAUCGCCUGGUGACGCAGUUUCAGACUAGGUCAUUGGCCGACAUUUUCCUGCUGACAACGCAAGUUGGUGGAGUGGGGCUGACACUUACCUCAGCUGACAGGGUGGUCAUAUACGACCCCAGCUGGAAUCCAGCCACAGAUGCGCAGGCCGUGGACAGGGCCUACCGGAUUGGACAGAGCAAGAAUGUCGUCGUGUACCGCCUGGUCACUUGCAGCACAGUCGAGGAGAAGAUAUACCGACGGCAGAUCUUCAAGGACUCCAUCAUCAAGCAGACGACCGGCAAGCAACGGGACCCAGUGCGCUACUUCACCAAGCAAGAGUUGAGGGAACUUUUCACACUGGAAGAUCCCUCCCACUCUGCCACACAGGUCCAGCUUGCCGAGAUGCACUCUCACCACAAAAGGACGGAUCAUGGACUGGAUGUCCACAUCGAAUUCAUAGAGCGUCGGAACGUCUUUGGAGUCAGCCAUCACGAUCUCAUGUUUUCGGAAGAAACAGCAGUGGAUGGCCCAGAAGAAUAUGUUGAUGGUGAGAAGGAGCAUGUCAGAAUGCGUGUGGAAAUUGCACAUCGUAUGGUUACGUCGGAGGCAGACUUCGUAAUGGGUGAGAUCCAGAACAAGGAGAGCUACACUGUUCCCCUGAACAUCACUGUCAAGACCCGUCAGCCAGUCCCCUACCAGCCAACGCCCAACUUGUUCCCCAUUGUUGUGCCGGAUGAAGACAGCGCAGACACAAAGGGAGUCGGCAAUGUUACCAUCGACCUGGAUGAGCUCGAUGAGCCCAUCGACAUUGAUAGCCUCCACUCAAUCAACAAGUCCUUGGCAAACCUGACUGUGCACAGCUCCAACCAGAGCGCCAGCAUUCUUGUUGAGGAGUCUGAUGAGGAACUGUUCCCUGAAGAAAACGUCCAAAGUGAUUCCAUUGUCAUAGAUUCUGAUGAUGAGGAACUUGAUGCUAAACCGUGCACAGUUGACUAUUCAGAGAUUAAGGACAUCAAGGCUGACAUCAAAGUUGAGCAGAAACUAGCCUGCGGGACAGCCACUGCUUGGAAGUCUGAGCCAGAAGAUGAGAAAAAUGUUAGGUCGCCACUUAGAAUGUCGGUCUUGAAAAUGAAGGAAGAGCAAGAAAGCUCUGGUCGCACUGCAGCUGACUGCAAGAUUGCAUCAAAAGGAGGUUCGUUCUUCAGCCCUUUACGAAAUGCAAUGGAAAGCAGGAAAGGGGAUAGUGAGGUGAAGACUCCCCGGCUGUUGCUUAAAACGGAUCUCUCUUUCAUAGACCAUUCUUCCAACAGUGCUGGGCUGGUGCCAAAGAAAGAAUUUUUUAGUAGUGCUAACAGCUCUCUAGACAACACAAGUUUCGUUUCCCUUACACCUUCAUCCGCCAAGGGUGUGAAGCAAGAGAGUCCUACAGAAUCCAAUACUUCUGGCCAAGCAAUGGCAGACAAUGUCCGGAGGCACCUGUUCUUCGGAGAGGAUCAGAAGAAAGAUUCUGCGGUAAAGUGCACCUUCAAUGCUUUACCAUCCGUUGAAGAGAAGCGGCAGCUGAAAAAGAGGCUGCGAGACUCCCCAGUGUUUUCUCCAGUGCCAUCCGGACCAAAACAUCUUUUGCUUUCACCGUCUGCUGAGCAGGCCAGUCCUAGCAGCAAGCAGAGUUCCUGGUCGCCUAAGUUCAAAUCGUCUCCUCUGGUCAGCACUCCCUUGUCUUUGAAGCUGCCAGUGGAGUGCCAAAACCAAGUGGUUUUCCCGGGCAGUUCUCCCUCGACAACGCCAUCCAAGCGGAUCACUCCACUGCUUCUGGGCUCGCCACGACGACAGAGGCGCAGCUCGAUGCUGAAACAAACGGCCAGCCCCUUCCAGAAGGCUUUGGCUCAGUCUAGGGAGCUUUCACCCGUAGAAAGUCCAAAGAAAGUCUCCCAAAACCGCCGAAGCUCAGCACUGCAUUCUCAAUCGGUACAUGAAAUCUCUUCCUCGGAUGAAGAGGAAACUGGCAUUGGGGGAGGUCCUCUGGAUGCACCAUACUCGAAGCUGCUAGAACGCUCUGUGCAUGCACUGUCAUCUUCCGAUGAAGGGGAAUCUGGCGGCUCGGUGGACGAAGGCUUAGAGGAAGAGGAAUCUUCUCUUGUGUCGGAAGAUGGUGUGGCAGCUGUACGCAAUCGCUGUCGUGCAAACCGAAUACUUUCUGAUGACGAGAGCAUGUCGCAUGGUGCAACCUCACCUAAACCUGCAGCACUUGAUGACACGGAUGAUGAACUGAUCACUGAUGACGAGGACAAAGGAUGGGGCUCUAUUUCUUGCUCCUUAUCUCCCCGAAAAGAUCAGUCGGACACAAGUGAUCCUGAAUCAAGUGAAUCCUGAGCAACUCUCGUAUAUGUUUUGCACCAUUGUGUAUAUGAGAUUAUUGUAUUUCUUACGUUUAUUGAUUUUAAUGUCCUUUUAGUUUUUGCCCUUUUUAGUGUUUUUUUUUAAUGGAAAUACAAGUUUAUGACAAGCGGGUAAUUUCCUAAUAAAAGUUCCCGGGUGUGCCCGAU